AUGUAUUCAGUUCGACGUGACCUUAAUAAUUCAUAUUAUUAUUCACAAUAUUGGACAAUGAAUUGUCAACAACAACAUGAACAAUUUAUAUUUAAUAAUCGUCAAAUGAUUAAAGCAAAACAACAUUAUUUUUGGUCAACGAAAUUUUAUAAUAAUAAAGAUUGUCAUACACAAUGUCAAACAUUGAAUAAUAAUUCUAUUAAAUCUACAGAUUUAUCAAAUAGUCAUGAUAUGUCAUUACCUAUUUAUCGUGCACCAUGCACAUUUCAAAAUUCAUUAAUAACAACUAGUAAUGAUGGUCAUUCACAUGGGGUAUGUCUCCGUUCACCUCUGUCAUCAUCUUCAUCUUCAUGUGUACCUGAUGUAUAUUCACCAGGUUUAAUAUCAAGUGGAAAUUGUUCACCACCUCCACCAUCAUCAAAUUUGCCACCACCACCAUCUGAAUGGCUCAAUUAA